UGUAUUCCAAAUAAAUUAACAGCCAAAGAGUAUUCUCAAAAGUAGUGCGGUGUUAACUCCGCCCACGAAGGGAGAUAACUUAGUCUGUUGUAAAAAAUGGCGGUGUUAAAAUUUCUCUCUUUUAUUGACGCCGACAAUUACAUCAGAGAGGAAGAAAUCAAAACGUGCGAACGUUUUGUUUUUUUUGGCAAGACGUGGGUCACCGAAGUCUACAGAUAAUGGAUGCAUUUUUACAUCUGCUGUGUUUGCCUUUGGAUGGCAGUGUUCUCCAUGUAGCAAGUACAGUAUGGACUGCCAUAUUUUUGGCACAAGACCCUGAUAAACACAGGUAUUUAAGCGAGGUGCAGAUACUGGAGUAUGAUCAUCUGGUUGGAGCAGUCAAUGAGGGUGGAUUCCACUGGUCUCUUAUAGUUGUGCAACCGAAAGACAACAAAGUAUUGUACAUAAAUCCGAUGGGGGAGCAGAAUGUUUCCCAGCAACAGAUCCUGCAACAAUGGAUUAAAUGUGUGCACAUUCGGCGCUGAUCCAGCAUUGAUAUGGGCGGACCAAUACAUUGGAACAUACUCUGCCCACGUCAUGCAAAACAGUCAGAUUCAAUAUCUUGCGGUGUCUACGUUUAAAAGUAAGCAGAAUGCUACCUGCAGAAUCAAUCCCUAGAGUUUGUGCUCAGCAAAACACAACUACUAGAAGAACGGAGACGAAUAGCCAGAAGACUGCUUUCUGAAGGGGAAUUCAUUGGAGGUCAUCUAGAAGAGAUAGCAAGUAGCCCAUCAGUCGAACAUGAGAACUCGGACCAGCUGGCAAACACCCCUGCCUCUGCCAUGGAGUUGGAAGGGGGAGACACUGACCCAGUAGUCGAUCAUGUGGCGACAACUAGGAACUCGGACCAGCUGGCAAACAACCCUGCCUCUGCCAUGGAUUUGGAAGGGGGAGACACUGACCCAGUGGUCGAUCAUGUAGCAACAGCCAGGAACUCGGACCAGCUGGCAAACACCCCUGCCUCUGCCAUGGAGUUGGAAGGGGGAGACACUGACCCAGUAGUCGAUCAUGUGGCAACAACUAGGGAGUCAAGAUAUCCAGCCAGAGCGAGUACAUCAAAGGUUUGUGGCAGACAUUACCUGUUGACUUAUCAAAGAGGGAUGUAUUUAGCUUUACCCUCCCAUCAAAACAUGCACCUUUUCGCAGAGAGUCCAUUAUUUAUUAUUGACCUAAGAGUCAGAGAAACUCAUUGUCUGUGCAACAUGCCGGAUGAUGGAAGAGAGUACUGGCAGUGUGAAGGAUGCUUUAAAUGGUUCCACCCGGAAUGUGUUGGUGAGUCAGUGGAACCAGAAAAGUACAAGUGCGCAUCAUGUUCACACAAGGUGAGUCAAAGCGGACACAGUUGAUGAGGAAAUAUGCAUCCAGCAUUGGAAGCAAAAUUUUUCUUUAAAAAAAUACAAUUAAUUUAAUGAGGUAGUUUACAUAAUGCCCUGUCUGUUGGUUUGUUUGUUUGUGCAAACCUUAACAUUUGCAAUAACUUUUGCAAUAUUAAAGGUAGCAACUUCAUAUAUAGCAUGCAUGUGUAUCUCAAGGAUCUACACACUUUGAGUUGUGUAAGGUCAAGGUAAUUUUUUUUUUGGUAAAAUUGAUGAAUUAAUAUGACAUCUCUUUGCAAAUUGUUUAAAAAUUAAUACAUAACUUGUUUCAGAAACAUUGUUUAAUAACAUUCGAUUGUCAUUUAUUCGAAUUUGAAAGUUGUCAAAAGUAAUUAUUUCUCCCUAUACGGUAGCUUUAGGUAUAUGUGAUAUGUAAUAAGAAAACUAGUCUUCAUUGCAUUACAAAUUAAUGAAGCAUUCUUUACAUUUGCUUUUAUGACAAAAAAACCUAGUUUAGACUUGUAAAAUUGAUAAAAAUAAUUAUUUGAACAUAAAGUUUGACCAGAGUGAACAAUUUAAACACACAAGUUUAUAACGACGUGUAUCUUGUGCUUUGCAUUUGUUUAAAAGUUGCCUUAUAAUUGUGCGAAGCAUGUCUUCUCAAAUUAAAAAUGCAUCUUAUUCAAAGGUGAUCAGAACUUAAUGUGUUUUUUUUAAUAAUUCAGGGAUAAAAAAAAUCAGACUAAGAAACCAUAUACAAUAAUUCAUAGUCUGUUGUCUUCACAGAGAGAAACUUCAAUAAAAAAAUAUGCUGUCAUUUUAUAAUACCUUCGUGUUUGCCUCACGGUUGCCUAUUGAUUUGUUUUAAAAUAGGAAGUUUAUAAUGAGGUAUAUAACACAAAGAAAUUUCAUAUUUGAAUUAUUUUUAUGCUCCUCUAAAAAAUUCUUGUCUGAGCUUUUUCUCAGCAACUUAUUACGGGAAUUCAAUGAAACUUUAUGGGAAGCUUCACUACCAAGAGGAGAUGUGCAUGUUAUCAGCCAGUUAUGGUCGGAUGAUUUUUCACAGAGUUAUGGCCCAUUGAAAUUCUCCAUUAACUGUACAUAUUGUGCAUUCUUGUUCGGGCUAUUUUAGCAACUAAUGUCUGCAAUUGAAUGAAACUUUAUGGGAAGCUUCACUACCAACAGGACAUGUGCAUAUUAUCAGCAAGUUAUGUUCGGAUGAUUUUUCACAGAGUUAUGGCCCUUUGAAAUUUUCAAUAUACUGUACAUAUAGUGCAAUUCUUGUCUGGGCUAUUUAUCCCCAACUAAUGACUUGAAUUCAAUGAAGUUUUAUGGGAAGCUUAACUGCCUUGAAGAGAUGUGCGUGUUAUUUGUGGGUUCUGGUUAGAUGAUUUAUUUAGAGACUUAUGGCCCUUUGAAAUUGUUAAGUUGCUAAACCAUCCAUCCUAUUAUUUUGUCCAAAGUUAUGCCCCUCAAGAUGUUUCCUUUUAUCUGAAUAUAUAGUGCAAUAUUGUGACCAAAAAAAACUUUGGGGAGCUUCACCCAUCUCUGACGGCUUGUUUUAAUUAAAUAUUAAUUGUAAAUCCCAUAUCACCUUUUAUCAUACUUUUUUGUAAUUUACAACUUGGUUUUCUGACAAUUGUUUUCCUUGUUUUGUUUCAAAUAGGCAUGAUAUGGUUACUAUUAAAUCAACUUCAUAUGUUCUUCCCUUGUGAUCAGUAUUUUUUAUAUCUAUUUCUUAAUAUUUUUCAGUAGUAAUAAUGUCUAAGAAUGUAUCUGGGUAGAAUGAAUAUCUGUUCUUUUAAAGGUUGUAACUGAUGCUCUAUUUAUUUUGGACAUGACAUGUUACUGUCUCGUUUGUACAGAGAUUAAAUUAAAUACUACAUUUUAUUAUGUGUGAUUCUAUUUUUGUGUUCCAAAUAGGCAGUCUGACAUAUUAGGUAUAUUGAAAACUCUUACAUAUAACAUUUGUAAGUAUCUGUUAUUAAUGACAGUUAAAUGAAACAAUGGUUGUAUAGUUGUGUAUAUUACAAAGUAUAAUUAUUGUUAUAUUUCGAAAUUAGAAUUAUGUUUAUAUUUUAAUUUUCAUACACUUUCAACUAUAAUUUGUAAUAGUGCCGUUGCUACUUAAAUUUUAUGUGGUUUGGAUGCUCACUUUAAUAUUCUAUGCUCCUUCAAAAUACAAUUAAGGUUUCACCUUAACGGUUAUAACGCGAGUAAAAAGCAUCCAUAUGUAGCAAUAUACACUGUAAACAUGUGAUUUAAAACAAGUUUUGUUCAAUUAUCUGUAAAGUUCAUUCAUAACUAUUUUAUAACAUGUCUGCUAAAUCCACUUACUAUAUUCAAGCAUUUUGCAUUAUUGUUUUUGUUUAACACUAGAAACUGUAAAGUUUAUGUGUAAUAAAAUUAUGUUCUGUUCUGUAACGAUUGUAUGCUGAUGUAGUUGUUGCAUUAACAUUAAAUAGACAUAAAAAUUCGGUAUUCUAUAUACUACUAACAUUUUAUUGUGAUUCAAGUUGUAUUAAGUUUUGUUCUCUAAACAGAUAUUGAAUUAUUUUACUGAUACAACAACAUACGGUAUUAAAGCAGUUCCAUAUAUAGCUAGAUACACUGUUAUCAUGUUUGUCUAAAAUAUCUGUAAAGUCUAUCCAUAACCAAAUUAUGAUAUUUCUGUUAGAAAAAAAACGACAAACUAUAUGUAUUCAUGUAUUUUGUAUAAUCGCUUUGUUUAACACUAGAAACUGUAAAGUUUAUGUGUAAUAAAAUUAUGUUCUGUAUAUUACAUGAUAAUCUAUCAAUGUUGUUUUGUGAACACAACCUCUGGUUCUAUGGAAAAAAAAACACAAACCUUAAGCACUUAAUUUGUCGGUAUGUGUGCAUUUGUGUGUAUGGGUGUGCGAUAAAUUGCAAGUGUUUCCUGUUCGCGUGUUUGUGUUUUGUGUGAAUUAUGUUAAGCAAAUUAAUUUAACAAAAAAGUUUAUUUGACUUUAUUAGAUGAUAGUAUUGAGUGUCCUACCAAGAAAAAUUGGUGCACGCUAUUAAGGGAUCUACUAAGUAAUUUGGGAUUUUAUGAUGCUUGGUUUUUUCAAGAUGUUGGAAAUGAAAAUAUGUUUGUAUCAGUCGUAAGACAAAGAUAGAGUGACAUGUUUGUACAGAAUUGGAAUGAGCGACUUCAUACUUCUACUAGGGCAAAUUUUUAUAAACAUAUCUCCGUUUUUCAAUUUCAACCGUACCUGAAUAUAUGCAAUGUCAACAAGUUUCGAGUAAAUUUAUCAAAAUUACGUAUGUCAUCACAUAGAUUAAAUAUCGAGUCAGGCAGAUGGGCUAGACCUACACCAAUUCCAUUAGAUCAAAGAAAGUGUACUGUUUGUAAUAAACUCGAAAAAGAGUUUCAUUUUAUUCUUGAAUGUACAAUAUAUACUGAACUGAGAUCAAAAUAUAUUCCAUUGUAUUACAGACAACGACCAAACAUGUACAAAUUUAUCGAGCUAAUAGAGCUAAUAACAUCAAAUAAUGAACUAUAAAUAAAAAAAUUAAGCUGUUAUAUUUAUCACUCUUUUAAGGUUCGAACGCAUAAUACAUGUGUCAUCAAUUUGAUUUAUUCUGAAAUGUUUUGUGCGGUAUGUAUCUUGUUGUAACUUUAAUUGCAUUUAUUAUGUACUGCAUAUUAAUUGUUGGGAUAGUACCGCAUAUGUAACGUGUUUUUAUUCACGUGUUUUUUAAUCGGUCUUUGUGUUUUAACGGUCGCCUUUAAUGGACUGUCAAAACUGUAUUUGAAUGUAUUUAAUCAAUUGCCAUUAUUAUCUUUUUAAUGAAGUUUAUAUUAUAGUAUCGUGUCUGUUCCUAGAUGUAUUCUACGACAAUAUGGCUGCAUUUUUAGAACUGUUAUGCACUGAUUUACAACUAUUAUGUCUGUCGGUCGGUCCGUAUACCAGGUGGUUUCCGGAUGAUAACUCAAUAACGCUUGGGCCUAGGAUCAUGAAACUUCAUAGGAACAUUGAUCAUGACUCGCAGAUGACCCCUAUUGAUUUUCAGGUCACUAGGUCAAAGGUCAAGGUCAUGGUGACCCGAAAUAGUAAAAUGGUUUCCGGAUAUCUCAAGAACGCUUAUGCCUAGGAUCAUGAAACUUCAUAGGUACAUUGAUCAUGACUCGCAGAUGACCCCUAUUGAUUUUCAGGUCACUAGGUCAAAGGUCAAGGUCACGGUGACCCGAAAUAGUAACAUGGUUUCCGGAUGAUAACUGAAGAACGCUUAUGCCUAGGAUGAUGAAACUUCAUGGGUAGAUUGAUCAUGACUUGCAGAUGACCCCUAUUGAUUUUGAGGUCACAAGGUCAAGGUCACGGUGACCCGAAAUAGUAAAAUGAUUUUCGGAUGAUAACUCAAGUACGCUUUUGCCUAGGAUCAUGACACUUCAUAGGUACAUUGAUCGUGACUCGCAGAUGACCCCUAUUGAUUUUUAGGUCACUAGGUCAAAGGUCAAGGUCACGGUGACAAAAAUCGUAUACACACAAUGGCUGCCACUACAACGGACAGCCCAUAUGGGGGGCAUGCAUGUUUUACAAACAGCCCUUGUUUGUAUAUUGCAUUAAAUUGAGUUUAUUAGCCUCAUACACUCUGACGCACUUAGGAUAUAUUUAAUUACAUGUAUACUUUCGAUAAUUAUUUAUGUUCUAGUGUAAUGUAUAAUAACUCAUAAUGUAUAAUAAUUCAUGUAGGCACCGUUGUAACCAAACGAUUUUAUUUCUUUGCAUAACUUUAUUUUGUAUAAUCAUAAACUGUGUAUUGUGGAAACACUGUAUCAUGUAUGCUUGAUUUGUCCACUUGGGCUUUUGGCUUUCUGGAUGGAUUGUUUAAUAAACUAUGUUCUAAAAAAUGCAAA